AUGCGUUCACUUCUCCACCUCAUCGCCCUCACCGUCCUGGCCGUCAUCGGUGUUGUCCACGCUGUGCCGACCGAAGCCCGUGACCUGACCUGUCCCAAGGGGAAGUGGCCAUGCGGCACAACUUGCGUAGACCUGGUCAACGACAUCAAUAACUGCGGCCAGUGCGGCUACAAGGUUUUCCUCCUGUGUCUCCGUCGCUAA